CCAUGCCAUUAGCCGAUGUGUUUUACAUUCAUCAUGAGCUUGUCAGAAAAUUAUUGCUUCCACAAAGGGUGCCUGAGCCUGAGGCAGUGCAGGACUCCUAUAAAUGGCAGCCCAACUCCCUGCUCUCUCAUCCACUUCUCUCGCUUCAUUCUCCUUGGGCAUCAGGUGAGCCUCUGUCCCAGAGACAUGUCCUGCUGCAACCCAUGCGUGCCCUGCCAGCCCUGUGGCCCGACCCCACUGGCCAACAGCUGCAAUGAGCCCUGUGUCAGGCAGUGCCAGAGCUCCACCAUCGCCAUCCAGCCCUCCCCGGUGGUGGUGACCCUGCCCGGCCCCAUCCUCAGCUCCUUCCCACAGAACACCGUUGUGGGCUCCUCCACCUCCGCUGCUGUUGGCAGCAUCCUCAGCUGUGAGGGAGUGCCCAUCAACUCUGGGGGCUUUGACCUCUCCUGCAUUACCAGCCGCUACUGUGGCAGCAGAUGCCGACCCUGCUAAAGCUGCUGGCAACGUCCUUGGGCAAGAACCUCUCAAGACCUUGGAACAUGGUCCUUGAAAGGAGGUAGAGCUUCACAGCAUUGCAUUCAGAGCUCUGAACUCUUGUUUCCUUCUUCGACUCAUGUCUCUCUCUCUUGCUUUUGCCGAUUCUGUCUCCCAAGGGCAGUGUGGCAGGGACCUGUUUUUGUCCCUCCCUCUGCAGGGCAGGCAGACUGACACUCUGCAGGAGUUUCACUGCAAUCUUAUGGCUGUCCAUGGUGCUCCCUCUGAGCCACCUCCUUUUCUUCUUGAGUCUCAUUAAACUUGUGCUGCAUCCGA